AAUUUCUCAUUAAACUACAGCGGACCCAAAAAAGCCUGUAAAGUUCUUUGGUGAAGUGUUGAGUAUAGAUACUUAUAAAGCUGGCGAGACCUCGAACUGUUAGUCAGGGCUUGUGGCCGAGCAGAACCGGUCGCGUCACGACCACUCUACACAUUUCACAACAUGAGGACUUUAUUGAUCGUGGUCCUUGCAGCGGCAUCAGUAUGCAAAGCAGCCGUGCCCCAGCUGCGGUUCGCCUGGAAACAAGUGGACUAUGCCUGGGAGACCCCGGCUGACCGCGAGAAAGCUAUUCAGGACGGUCUCUUCAAUCAGUACAACAACCUUCCACUCGGCUUAGCCAGGUGGAAGAACAAAGUUUUCGUCACUGUACCCAAAUGGAAAGAUGGCGUUGCUUCUUCAUUGAACUAUGUGGAUAUAGAUGGCCCACAAGACCAACCUCUGAAGCCUUACCCUUCUUUCAAGGACAAUCUGAUCGCGAAUGACGCAAAGACUUUGCCUACUAACAGCUCCAUAGUGUCGGUAUUCAGAGUUUAUGUAGACCCGUGUGACAGACUCUGGGUAAUGGAUACUGGCUUGGCCGAUAUUUUCGGCGCAUCGAACCAAAUUGUGGGCCCUUCGAUUGUCAUCUUCGACUUAAACACGGACCAGCUGAUACAUCGAUACUACCUCAAAUUAGCAGAUAUGAAAGAAGACACCUUCUUUGCAAACAUCGUAGUGGAUGUGGACAAAAACACCUGUGACAAUGCGUUCGCAUACAUCCCUGACCUCGGCGGCUACGGUGUGGUGGUGUACAGCCUCAAGCAGGACGACUCCUGGCGGGUGACUCACCACUACUUCUUCUUCGACCCUCUUUCGGGCUCCUACAACGUCGGUGGGGUGAAAUUCCACUGGACUGAUGGUGUCUUCGGCUUGGCUCUCUCGGAGCCCAGGGAUAAUGGUUUCCGAACAGUAUUCUUCCACGCUCUAUCGAGUACCAAGGAGUUCUGUGUGUCCAGCGAACUCCUCCGAAACUACACGAAGUUAGACAAAAACCAAGCCUUCCAAGACUUCAAGUUAUUAGGUGACAAAGGUCCUAAUUCCCAGUCAUCGGCCAGUUUCUACGAUACAAAAACUAAUGUUCUGUUUUACACGCAGGUGAACCGUGACGGCGUUGGUUGCUGGAAUUCAAAUAAGCCAUUUACACCAGAAAAUAAUGCUCUUAUCAUCUCAGAUCCUAAACUUUUCGAGUUUACCAACGACUUAAAGGUUGACAGUGACAACAUCCUGUGGAUCCUCAGUGACAAAAUGCCGCGCUUCCUCAACGCCAAGCUGGACGUUGACGAUAUCAACUACAGAAUAUUCAGUAUCAACACCACUGAUGCCAUCGCCGAUAGCGUGUGCCAGUAGAUUCGACCAUAGACAGAAAAAAACAGCGUUUUGUUUCAUCUCGCUAUGGUCAUUAGUAGAAAGUCGUUCCUUCUUGCCCUCGUUUUUGAAGGCGCCACAAACAUCACAAUCGUUGAUAGUUUGCGACAACUUACAAAACUGUACAAACAUUAUAUUUAAUUUAAAAAUAAGUAAUUAAGACGUGCAUCGAAAGAGCUUUUGUAAAGUGGCAUCGCGUUGACGAGUUAGUAAAGCCUCUUCAUUAAAAAACUGUGUUUCAGUUUAACGGGCUGUAUAUAAGAAAGUAAUGUCACGUUAACAGAGUAAAUAUAAUUAUAAGUAAAAA